GGCGGGGAGGGAGGGGCCCGGAGCCGCAGAGCCUCAGGCGUCGGUCCGGCCCCAGCCUCUCGGGAGCUCCGCGGGUCCCGGCCCAGAUGCGGAAGACUGAGGCCUGUUGACAGUACAGAGCUCAGCCCCUGCACCCUCUGCCCCCAAGAACUCCAUGCAGGUGCCACAGGAUGGAGAGGACUUUGCUGGCCAACCCUGGUACCACGGCCCACUGUCCCGCCAGAAGGCAGAGGCCCUCCUUCAGCAAGAUGGUGACUUCUUGGUUCGUGCGUCUGGGUCCCGUGGGGGCCACCCUGUGAUCUCUUGCCGCUGGCGGGGCUUGGCCCUCCACUUCGAAGUGCUCCGUGUGGCCCUGCGUCCCCGGCCAGGCCGGCCCACAACACUCUUUCAGCUGGAGGAUGAACGUUUUCCAAGCCUGCCCGCCCUGGUUCGCAGCUACGUGACCGGCCAGCGUCCACUGUCCCAGGCCACAGGGGCUGUGGCCUCCAGGCCUGUGACGCGGCAGGAGCCUAUUCGACGCAGCUUUAGCGAGGACACCCUCCUAGACAGCCCAGCUCAGACAGAGCCGCUCAGGGCUCGGAAGUGGAGUGACAGUCAGCCUGCAGGCUUGGAGCACAUGGGACAGUCAAGAGAAGGUGAGGCCUCCGCUGUGCCUGCAUCUACCCUGCCUCGGACGGGUAGUGACCCUGUGUUGCUGAAGACCCCAGCUCCCCUGGCAUCCAUUGCUGACAGCCUCAGGGCCUCCGAUGGGCAGCUUCAUGCCAAGGCACCAACCAAGCCACCUCGAACACCCUCCCUGAUGCUGCCCGAUGCCUCUGGACGUCCCCCCACGUACUGUGAGCUGGUGCCCCGAGUACCCAGUGCCCAGGGAACACCCGCUGGCCACAGCCACCCACAGCCAGAGGCCCUAUGGUGGGAGGCUGAGGAGGAGGAGAAGGAGGAAGAGAACAGGUGUUUUUCAAGACCACAGGCUGAGGUCUCCUUCUGCCCCCCUGACAACCCCUUCUGCAUGCUGGGCCCCCAGAACCGGCCCCUGGAACCUGAAGUCCUGCGUACUCUCCGUGGGCUGUUCCUGGAGCACCAUCCUGGGAAGACUGCCCUCCACCUGCUAUUGGUGGAUUGCCAGGCCACAGGCCUCUUGGGAGUGACCAAGGCCCAGCGGGACGCCAUGGGGGUCCCCUCUGGCCUGGAGCUGCUCACCCUUCCCCAUGGGCACCGCUUGAGGUUGGAACUGCUGGAGAGGCACGAGGUGCUGGCGCUGGCCGGGGCGCUGGCGGUGCUGGGCUGCGCGGGGCCUCUGGAGGAGCGCGCGGCCGCCCUGAGGGGCCUGGUGGAGCUGGCGCUGGCGCUGCGGCCAGGGGCGGCGGGGGACCUGCCCGGACUGGCCGCCGUCAUGGGCGCCUUGCUCAUGCCCCAGGUGUCCCGGUUGGAACACACGUGGCGGCAGCUCCGAAGGAGCCACACCGAGGCUGCGCUGGCCUUCGAGCAGGAGCUGAAGCCGCUGAUGCGAGCGCUGGACGAGGGCGCCGGACCCUGCGACCCCGGCGAGGUGGCCCUGCCGCACGUGGCACCCGCGGUGCGCCUGCUAGAGGGCGAGGAACUCCCGGGGCCGCUAGACGAGAGCUGCGAGCGGCUGCUGCGCACCCUGCACGGGGCGCGUCAGAUGGCCCGGGACGCGCCCAAAUUCCGCAAGGCGGCGGCCGGGCGCCUGCGAGGAUUCCGUCCGAACCCGGAGCUGAGGGAGGCGCUGACCACUGGCUUCGUGCGGAGGCUGCUCUGGGGGAGCCGGGGCGCGGGGGCGCCCCGCGCCGCGCGUCUCGAGAAGUUUCAGCGCGUCCUCAGCGUCCUGUCGCAGCGCCUGGAGCCUGACCGCUGAAAGCGCAGACCCUCUUCUUCACCCUGCGACACCCAGGCUUCAGGGGACCCCGGCGGGAGACCAAGAAGUCACCCCAGGUUGUUCACACAGCCAAAAGGGGUGGGGACCCGCAUCCUGCCUCACAGAAGGGAGGGAGGCCAGGUUUGCAAGAACCCACCCUGUUCCCCCAAAAUGGACACGAAUCUUGGAGCGGGGGCAGCUUCCAGCGCACUAAAGUCCCGGGUGUCUGGAAGUUCUGGAUACCCUCUCCCACUCC